CUAUUUCUAAUUCGCACGCACCACAUGUGCGAUUUUUAUUUACACUUGCGUGCAAGAACUUUUUCACAGCUCGCGCCACCUAGUGCGUUGUUAGCUCGCUUUGUGGGAAGUUUUGUUUUCAGCAGCAUGCAAGUGUUUUUGUGAGGAAUUGAGUAAUUAUCAACGAUGCACAAUUGCGUUUACCUGGAAUCGAAUCUGUGAACGUCUCUCAUGUGAACGAAGGAGCUAAAUAAUGGGGUGUGCCAGUGAUCAACAUCCGCCGACCGUGCACCGAUCGAGACUGUAAUGCAAGAUGAGUUCCGAAGACCAGGCUCGCCUCAAAGGUUUUGUCAUUCCAGGCAAAAAGAGAGUAGCUCCGACAGCGAGUGGUCCUGAUGUCAAGAAGCCAAAGCCUGCAAAGGAAGGUGGGGACCGCUUCUGCUGGAUCUGCCACCGGGAACCAUCGUCACUGUGGUGUGACACGUGCCCACGUAGCUACCAUGCUUCCUGCGUCAACCUCAAGGUCAAGAGCCUCACUGAGUGGGUCUGCCCCGAGUGUGUGCGUGUCAUGGCUGCCGAGAAUGUGGACACGCGCUCUGCCUCCCUCUCACUACUCACAGUGGACGAGUUCUGCAGUCUCCUUCAGUUUGCCAUACAGAGGCUCAAGCAGCACACGCAUGAAGCUUUCUUAAAGCCUGUCUGCACGAAGACUUACACAUCAUACACCAAGUAUGUUAGUCACCCUUUCGACCUCAGUAUACUUGAAAAGAAUGUGAGGUGGAAGCACUAUGGCUGUACUGAGGCAUUCCUCAGUGACGCCCGAUGGAUUUAUCACAACUGUAUUAUAUUUAAUGGAUAUAACCACAAGCUUUCCAUGAGUGCCAAGGUGUUGAUGAAGGUGUGCAAGCAGGAGAUGGAAGACAUUGAGGUGUGCCCGGACUGCUACAAGAAUGCCAAUACUCAAGAGUCGUGGUUCACUGAACCCUGUAGAAGACCUCAUCUUCUGGUUUGGGCAAAGUUGAAAGGAUUUCCCUAUUGGCCUGCAAAGGCAAUGCGUCUUCAAGAUGGCAACAUUGAUGCCAGGUUUUUUGGUGCUCAUGAUAGGGCGUGGGUCCCCAUGGCCCAAUGCUUUCUGCUCUCUAAGGAGUCCCCGACGGACAUCAAGAAUCGCAAGAAGGGCCUCCACAAUGCUGUUGAGGAGCUGGAAAUCUACAUCCAGAAGUACCGCAAGAAGUUUGGCGAGUAUCGUUACAGCGCGCUCCGGACUACACUGACGGCUGAAGAUUUUCAGUGCUCCCAGGCAUCGCCCCCACCAGUGAAACACCAGCAACAAGAUCAACAGAAGGAGAAGGAGAGUGAAACAUCAAGCAAGUCUCCGAAAACAGAGGACAGUGAGCUUAGUUCAGCUCCAUCACUGGAUCCGCUCGAGAAGGACAUGCAGAGCAACACAACCAGCUCCUUGAAAGACAAGUCCAUGGCCGGUUCCACAAGGGACUCGCAGAGUGACACGCCAAACUCGUCAAAAUACAAGUCUGUAACCAGUUCGGCGAGUUCAACUCCCACGAGAGCGGAUCCAAAAAAAGAAACUGAGCUCAUCACGCCACUGCCUUCUCCCAGAAAGGAGACAUCUCUGGUGAAAGAAGAAAAGGGGGCACUAGUGCCGCUUCCUGAUGGUGCACCGCAGGGGAUCUUUGAGGUCAGUUCCGAACUGCCGGGAGAACUGCAGAUGAAAGUCUCCAAGGAGGACAUGGAAGACCUUCCAAAGAUGAUGAACCGCAAAUUCGAAAGCCUGGUCAGUGCAUUGAAGAAGAUUGAACGCUCCAUCAGCAGUGACAGGAGCAAUUCUACUCCUGAUGCUGAAGAUGAGAACAGCAGUGUCAACCGAACCGUGGCUUCGGCAGCCAGCAGCAUCCCAAAGAGUGGUCAGAGCCCGUCGUCAUGCGAGGUCUCAAGCACGACCGUGACGACCGACCAGGGUGAAGUGCCGUCCAGCCAGUUUGCCGCAAAAGAACCACCCUCUACCGAAGAGCAGCCUUUAGCUCCAGCUGAUGAUUUCCAAGAGAAGCUUAAAAAGACAAUCCUCUCCUGCAAGGAGAAGGUAGGAGGCACUACCACCCUUCUAGAGGAGCCUGCUGAUGAGGAAGAGGAGAUGGAUGAAGAGGAGGAGGAGGUAGAUGACGAAGAAGAUGAGGAGGAGGAAGGAGUAACGGAGGCAGCAACGGUGGAAGAUGAGGCCGUGGAUACCAGGCAACCCAAGGAGAUUAGGGCUGGUGGCAUUUCAUCAAAACAACAGCAGCAGGCAGAGAAAGAUGCGGCUUUGCCUGAAGACAAACAUUCGCCACCAGAGCCACCAGAAGCCACCACUGCAGAGGAGGGAAAAUCAGACGUGGAGGAUCCAGAAAAACCUGCUCCAUCUGCAGACACAGUGGAAGACGAAGAGCAGCUUGCCAAAGUGUCGAAACCACCAGGCCGGGCUAAGAUGAAAUUCACGACCAAACGAAGUGAGCUUGACCCUCUGUCAUCACAGCCCCCUUCCAGUGGAACGACCACACCAACCGAGGAGUCAUGUGCAGAAAAGACGUCUGAAAUUGUACAGAAAGCUGCAGAAAGCAUUGACCGCAUCAGGCAAGAAUGCAAGGAAGAGAUGCUGGAAUACCACCAUAUCCUUGCUCUGACCCUAAAGGAAAUGAGAAUAUGCAUAGAUCUCGAACAUAAGAAAACAAGAGCGUCUAUUAUUGAGAAGCAUGCGGUAGACAUGGCUGCUGCUAUAUCGGAAACGAAACGAAAACAGUGGUGUGCCAACUGCUGGAAAGAAGCAGCGUUGUACUGUUGUUGGAACACCUGCUACUGCGACUACCCCUGCCAGCAAGCUCACUGGCCAAAGCACAUAGCAAGCUGCACCCAGGCAAAUAAUUCAAGCCAGCAAAAUGCAGGAGUUAUAUUGAACAAUGGCCCCACUAUCACCGAGCUCUCUCUGUCUGCAGGCAAAGGAGCCACUUCCAUGUUGGUGCCUACUGGUGGCUUCCCAGCCUCUACACAUACUAUGGGAGGCCUUCCAUUUGAUCCUGUUGAAUAAAGAAGUUGGCUUUUUCUGUA